AUGUUAAUUUUAGAAGAUCCACCGUAUCCACCACCUUAUCCACCGCCGUAUCCACCACAGUACCCACCACAGUAUGCGCCACCGUAUCCGCCACCGUAUCAAAUAGCCGGACCCCCACCAACAACAGCACCGACGACGACAACAACAACAACAAAAGCACCCACAACAAAAGCACCUCGUAAGUUAUUUGAUCAUGCGCAUUCAUGUUGA